AUGGAUGCAACUAUUGAGGCACAGAUGGAUGUUGUAGGUGUGGCGGUCAUAGUCACAGAACCAGAAGACAGUGACUUUGUCACAGGAAAUGAAGACCUACUAGACGUGUCUAGAACUCAGGCAUCCAUUCACCCUGGAACUCAGAAAGUAGUAUCAAUUGCUCAAGGUCAACAGCAGCAAUCAUCACAAGGUUCCAGAGCUACUGUAACAGUGGCCGUUCCUGCUUCCGUUGCUGUGGUAGCUCCUACCCAUUCUCAGUCUUGUAACCAACAACUUCAGACUCAGCAGCAAAAUGUUGUUGUACAAGUGAGUUCUACAGGUGGAACUCCUCAGUUUAUAGCUGUAGCUGAUGGACAAGGUACCGUGGCUCUUCAGGCUGCACAACCCACAUAUGUACAGUAUUUAGAUGGUGGAGGUGAUCCUGGAAUGUUUGGAGGAACAAAUACUUCAAUAACAGGAUAUCCAGUGUACAGUGUCACAGAUUCAGCAACCAUGUAUAGCCCAUCUACAGCAGCAGCAGCAGCCUAUUAUAGUACUGGAACUGCUGUCACUUAUUCUCAGGACAACGGGGGCUAUAAGGUGCAGGGGGAACUGUUAGAGGGAGAAUCUCACCAGAACCUAAACACUUCCUCUUCUUCAGCUGCUCACAUUUCCCCAGUAAUUGAGGACACUCGAAAGAUAGCAGAGGUCAUGCCUUCAUUUCCUAAUGAUCAGUGUGCGAUUCAGACUCUGCACAGUUCCCCUGAAAAAAAUCAGCUGCAGCUUCAACCUCAGCCUCAAUCCUUGUCAUCCCACCAUUCUCAGCCACAAAAUGUGCGCGACAUGGACAUAAUUCAUGUUCAAUGGCUUAUAGAUAACUAUGAGACAGCGGAAGGUGUAAGCCUACCUAGAAGUACACUGUAUAACCACUACAUGCGGCAUUGUACUGAACAUAAGCUAGAACCAGUUAAUGCUGCAUCCUUUGGAAAGCUGAUAAGAUCUGUGUUCCUAGGUUUGAGGACAAGACGAUUAGGAACAAGAGGUAACUCAAAGUACCAUUAUUAUGGUAUCCGGGUGAAGCCCAACUCUCCUUUAAAUCAUAUUUUGGAAGCUGCUAACUCCUCUGCUUUAAGGCACCAACCUAUUAAUCCAGCUAAAAGAUUUAAACCUAACACACCUAAAUCAGAAAAUUCAGAAGGAGGAAGAGGAUCAUGUAGGACAAAUGUUUCAUCUCAUUCUAGUGAAGUUAAUGCAGCACAGCAACAACAACCAGCUCCUCAUCAGUACCAGCAUCAAUUAUAUCUUGGUGAUGCUUCUGCUGCUAUUCCAAACCUGGAUCUGGAUUCAAGCAGUUUUAGUCUUCCAGAUGAUAUUGAAAUAGAAGAUGUUCAUGCUUUUAGGGUACUUUACAAAGAACACUGUGAGGCCUUCCUUGAUGCAGUUAUAACCCUUCAGUUCUCUAUGAUAGAAACUUUAUGGAGAUCUUUCUGGAGGAUGCAAAAUAAUGAUCAGAGUAGUAAUGAGAAGACUCUGAACAAAUGUAGUUUGUAUAAACUGUGUUCCUGUGAAGAAGUACAAAAGUUGGUAAGGAAAGUAGACUAUCAGUUUUAUCAGAAUCUGGUUGAUGUCCUGAUUCCAGAUGUUCUCCGACCCAUUCCAAGUUCUCUCACCCAAGCUAUUCGUAACUUUGCUAAGAGUCUGGAAGGUUGGUUAACCUCUGCUAUGACAGAGUGUCCUGAGGAAAUGAUUAGAGUCAAGGUACAGUAUACACUUAAUUUGAUACUAGCUGUGACCCACAAAGCAUUUACAGUAGUUUUCAUUCCCUUUGCUUGAAUUUUUCUUAUUCUA